AUGCCUACCGGUGGUCGAAUAAUUAAUCAACUACCCUCAACAAUCAGCCAAGAUCUCCUAUCAGCCUCAACAGGAGGUGUAACAAACGGUGAAGACAAUCAGAAUUCUACCUCAUCAACCACCAACGGAGGUGGCGGUGGUGUGAACGGAGCUUCUGAUACCCUUGGAAAAUCCCCCUCAGUUGUUGCUAUGGUAACUGCCAACUCACCCUCCGCAUUGGGGACUUCUCCCAUGAUGAACUUCUACGAUGCCGCAGCGGGGAAUAGUAUUGGUGGUAUGAACACCUACAUGACUCACCACGGCCAGCAGAACAUUCAGCCCCCUCCGAGAAAUGGGGCUAAAUUGAGUACUGUGAAUGGGAUUGCUCCAACACAUUCUCUGGGAAGAAAUUUCUGGAGAUGCUCGUGGCAGUACUGGGUCAUUCUUAUCUGUGUACUGGCUUUCCUAUUAGCGGUUAGCUUCGCUGUCUUCUUCUCAGGUGUGCUUUAA